CUUAGUUACGCCAUCAAGGUUCCAAACAUUACUCAACCCUUCAAUUGCGAGAAUGUCCUUUCUUUAUUUCCACUUCUUGGUGGUGUCAUAAACCCUACCCUAAGCCCUGGGCCGCAGCUGCGCGGUGGCGGAAUCCCAUUUCUCUCCUUUUCCGAAAACAAGCAAACCCUAGGAGUUUACGGUUUGCCUUCUCUGCCUCACUUCCUUUCCAACGGAAUCGUCGUCGUCUAAUGGCUACGCUUCGGUCCGUUAUGUUGGCCUCCGCCGUCGCUUCGGCAGCCCUCGCAGUGGAGCACGCUUACGCUGACGGCGCCCCCUUCAAUUUCUCCCCCUUCAAUUCCUACACCUCCCGGGAAGCCCCGCCAGCGCAAACAUCCGCCGCGCCUGGCCCGCCUGCGGCCGAUGUGCCACCCGCCGAGGUGGCUCGGGUUCGCAACGACAAUCCUCGGACCACUGCUGCAGGGUUCGACCCCGAGGCCCUGGAACGGGGAGCCAAGGCGUUGCGGAAGAUCAACAGCUCGCCGCAGGCCAAAAAGGUGUUUGAGCUGAUGCGGAAGCAGGAAGAAACAAAGCAAGUGGAGUUGGCUGCAAAGAAGGCAGAGUUUCAGGCCAUGCAAGCGCAGCAUGAAACUGACAGGCAACGAGUAAUCUAUGAAGAACAGAAAAAGCUAGUUCAACAACAGGCUCAGACAAAGGCCCAAAUGGCUCGAUAUGAGGAUGAAUUGGCCAGGAAAAGGAUGCAGGCAGAGCAUGAAAGUCAAAGAGCAAGAAAUCAGGAGCUUGUGAAAAUGCAAGAAGAAUCAUCCAUUAGGCAAGAGCAAAUUCGUCGUGCUACAGAGGAACAGAUUCAAGCACAACGAAGACAGACAGAAAGGGAGAAAGCAGAGUUAGAACGUGAAACUAUUAGAGUGAGAGCAUUGGCAGAAGCAGAAGGAAGAGCACAUGAAGCAAAAUUAGCUGAAGAUGUAAACAGACGGAUGCUGAUAGAAAGAGCUAAUGCAGAGAGAGAAAAGUGGAUAUCAGCAAUUAAUACAACCUUUGAACAUAUUGGAGGUGGUUUGCGUGCAAUACUCACUGAUCAGAACAAGUUGGUUAUAGCUGUUGGAGGUGUCACUGCAGUCGCUGCUGGUAUUUACACAACAAGAGAAGGUGCUAGAGUGGUUUGGGGAUAUGUUGACCGUAUUUUGGGCCAACCUUCUCUCAUCAGAGAGUCUUCCCGAGGUAAAUACCCUUGGUCUGGUUUCUUUUCUCGUAUGGUUAGCUCAGCAUCCAACAAGAUGAUGAAAGGGAAUGAUGCUGGAAAGAAAGUGACUGGUUUCGGUGAUGUUAUUCUGAAUCCUUCCCUUCAAAAAAGAAUUGAACAGCUCGCAAGUGCCACUGCAAACACAAAAAUUCAUCAGGCACCAUUCCGUAACAUGCUCUUUUAUGGACCUCCUGGUACAGGAAAGACAAUGGCAGCUAGAGAAUUAGCUCAUAAAUCUGGUCUAGAUUAUGCACUGAUGACCGGUGGUGAUGUUGCACCAUUGGGAUCCCAAGCAGUCACCAAGAUACAUCAAUUAUUUGAUUGGGCCAAGAAAUCUAAAAGGGGUUUGCUUCUUUUCAUUGAUGAAGCAGAUGCAUUUUUGUGUGAGCGCAACAAGACAUAUAUGAGUGAAGCCCAACGGAGUGCUCUUAAUGCGCUCCUUUUCCGCACAGGGGACCAGUCAAAGGACAUUGUGCUUGUCCUUGCCACCAACCGGCCUGGGGAUCUCGACUCUGCUGUAGCUGACCGUAUCGAUGAGGUACUUGAAUUCCCACUGCCUGAGGAAGAGGAGCGGUAUAAGUUGCUAAAGUUGUAUUUGGACAAAUACAUUGCAAGGGCUGGGGAUAGCAAGUCCAGUUGGUUUGGCUUAUAUCGGCCUCAGCAGCAGAAAAUAGUGAUCAAGGGCAUAUCAGAUGACGUAAUCAGAGAAGCUGCUGCUAAGACUGAAGGAUUUUCUGGCAGGGAAAUCGCUAAACUGAUGGCCAGUGUUCAGGCUGCCGUCUAUGGAAGCAAAGACUGCGAACUUGGCUCAGACUUGUUCAGGGAGGUGGUGGAUUACAAAGUUGCAGAGCAUCAGCAAAGGAGAAAGCUCACUGGUGCUGACCAAAGUGUUGGUCUACGGUAAUCAUGAUGCAGGAGUAAUGGAUCCAGUAGAAAGGGUCAUAGAACGCAGCAAAACCUAGUGUUUUAGUUUUACUGUGGUUCUUAGCUGUUGUUGAUCAAGUUAUUUCUCGGUAAGAUUGCUGAAAUUAGUCGAAAUUAAACAUUUAGUUGGGAUAGAGAAGGUAGAGUUUGUAGCUCUUAAGGGCUCAUCUGUCUGACUUGAAUUGGAGAUAAUAAUGUCUAUCUUGAUCUGUAUUGUUUGAUAAUUAUGUGCGGCAGGCAGAUUU